ACAUGAUCAGUUCAGUUUCGUACGUCGAGUUGUCACCAAGUGCUUUGUCCACAACUUUUCGGUGCUCUUUCCAACAUUUAUAUCAAAGUAUUACCGGAGUUUUUUUUGUGUGCAGGAUAUACUAACAAUAGUGUGUCUACAUAUUCAUACUAAUUGAAAUUAAAUCAAACGGGUGUGUGAUCCAAAAAUUAGAUCGAGUAAAAUUUAUCUGAAAAUCUCUCGAAGGAUUUUCACAGGCGAUUCAAAAUCUCAGAGCGCAGGAACACAAAGCAAUAAAAGCCGCACUUAAACGCGAAUUCGCGAGUUUCCUGUAAAAGCUAAAUAAAUCCAACUUUUUUACAAAAUGAGGGAAAUCGUGCACUUGCAAGCCGGUCAAUGUGGCAAUCAAAUCGGUGCUAAGUUUUGGGAGAUCAUCUCGGAAGAGCAUGGAAUCGACAGCAAUGGAAUUUACAAUGGCGACAGCGAUUUACAAUUGGAGCGGGUUAGCGUUUAUUACAAUGAAGCUUCAGCUGUGACGCGUUCCUCUGGCGGCAAAUAUGUGCCCCGUGCCAUUCUUCUCGAUCUCGAGCCAGGUACCAUGGAAUCGGUGCGCUCCGGCCCCUAUGGACAACUUUUCCGUCCAGACAACUUCGUAUUCGGCCAGUCGGGAGCCGGUAAUAAUUGGGCUAAAGGUCAUUACACCGAAGGUGCGGAACUGGUGGAUAAUGUGUUGGAUGUAGUACGUAAAGAAUGCGAGAACUGUGACUGCUUGCAAGGCUUUCAAUUGACGCACUCAUUGGGUGGCGGCACUGGCUCUGGUAUGGGCACGUUACUAAUUUCAAAAAUACGCGAAGAGUAUCCAGAUCGUAUAAUGAAUACCUACUCGGUAGUACCUUCACCCAAGGUAUCUGACACUGUCGUCGAGCCAUAUAAUGCCACUCUCUCCAUACAUCAGUUGGUGGAAAAUACUGAUGAAACUUAUUGCAUUGACAACGAGGCACUCUACGACAUUUGUUUCCGCACAUUGAAGGUAUCGAACCCAAGUUAUGGCGAUCUCAAUCAUCUCGUAUCGCUUACCAUGUCCGGUGUGACCACUUGCUUACGCUUCCCCGGUCAACUGAAUGCCGAUCUUCGUAAAUUAGCUGUGAACAUGGUACCCUUCCCACGUCUGCACUUCUUUAUGCCCGGUUUUGCGCCACUCACUUCGCGGGGUUCUCAACAAUAUCGUGCUCUGACCGUACCCGAGUUGACACAACAAAUGUUUGACGCCAAAAACAUGAUGGCCGCCUGUGAUCCUCGACACGGCCGAUACUUGACUGUCGCUGCCGUUUUCCGCGGUCGUAUGUCCAUGAAAGAGGUUGACGAACAAAUGUUAGCAGUGCAAAAUAAGAAUAGCUCCUACUUUGUUGAAUGGAUACCGAAUAAUGUGAAGACGGCCGUAUGUGAUAUCCCACCCAAGGGAUUGAAGAUGUCCUCAACCUUUAUUGGUAAUACAACCGCCAUACAAGAGCUCUUCAAACGUAUUUCAGAGCAAUUUUCGGCGAUGUUCAGGCGCAAAGCUUUCUUGCAUUGGUACACAGGCGAGGGUAUGGAUGAGAUGGAGUUCACCGAAGCGGAGAGUAAUAUGAACGAUUUGGUGUCCGAAUACCAACAAUACCAGGAGGCUACCGCUGACGAUGAAUUCGAUCAGGAUGUGAAUCAGGAGGAGGUAGAGGGCGAUUGUAUUUAAUGUAGAGACCAGAGGAAUGGGGAGCAUGCGUAAUGUGGCGGGAAGGAGGGGAAUAACAACAUUAACUUUACGAGAACGCUUGUGGCUAUCGGGGAUGCAUUUCGUUUGGCGGGAGAGAUAUGAUAGCUGUGAGAUUCUUUGAGGGACUGAGUUCUGAAGAAAAAUAAUUUUGUACUCUUUUCCGCCGCCCAUACAUCCAAAACAGAAAACGUUACAAUUACAAUACAAAGAGAUAAAAUCAAUUUUAAAUUAGUAUUUUUCACGUACAAGAUAAAUGUUCCAUUUCCAAUCUAGUUUAUUUUAUAACGCGUAUGUAGUGGAAAAUAUUGGCAUGCUUACUUGCAAACAUUCAUAUAUAUAUGUGUGUCUUAAUUAGAAAAAAUUUAUUAGUAACUCCUAUUCGACCAUAUUAUUCAACAAAUAUAGGGCAUGCCUAUCGCAUUUCUCUGCUAGUGGUAUGGAGCUUUUCAUGAAACCAUCGAAAUAUCGUUUACAAUUCAUAUACUCGUAAUCUUUCUACCUAUAAUGCUAUCAAUUUUUGUUUAAGUUUAUCGUUAAAUGCAGAAUUUUACACACCAUUUCAUGCAUUUCAUUCACUUGCCAUCUUUAAUAAGUUUAUAAAUCGAUAUUAACAUUUUCUAUUUUUCUAAACAAAAUUUCAUAUGGAUUUAGGAUUUUAAGUAUUAACCGAAGAGGAAUUCGAAUAUUCUUGUGUAUAUGCUAAUAAAAACUCAUCUUACUAUAGUAUGGAAUCUCCUUAAGGAGUUCCGUUUUAAUUACGUACAUGCAUACCCAUAUAUUAUAUCCUUGCGAGUUAUAAAUCCCUAAAUCGAAAUAAUUUCCGUCGAUGAAUUCAAAUAUCUACUUUUUUUACUAAUGAAUAAUAAAAUAUUCUUUAAAACAAGGACUAAGGACUCAUAUAUGUAAACUCGUAUUCACUAUAUUAAGACUUCACAAGGGCAAUUUACAAAACCUUAAUUCGUUACCAUAGCAAUUAUUAAUUUCUAUAAAACUAUGUUUCGGGGUACUAUACAUUUUCCUAAAUAUAUAUGAAAAAAUAUCCGAAUUUAAUAACUUAAAAAAAAGCAAACAAAGAAUUAUCAAAUACGAAAGAUAUUGUACCAGUUUAACAAACAUAUUCACGAAACAUAACUAAACACGAAAUCCUUAGCAAUAUUUAAGAGUUUUCUCUGAUUUAUAUUAAUUUGUCUGUUCGCAAAAUAAUCAAAAACUUAUUCAAAUAAAUUUAACUAAAUUAUACAUUA